AUGUCCGCCAUAGACGAUGAAUAUCGGAAUGAUGGAGGGGAUGACUCUGACCUCGAUAUGGACAUGCAACCAAAUGCUGGUGGAUCACGAUUCUCCGCUGCUGAGAAGGGAAAAGGUCGUGCAGGCCCUAAAACGAAAGCAGGAAAGUCAAAGGAGAUAUAUUCAUGGGAAGAAUCGUACACUAGAUCGUGGGACGUCGUCCAGGAGGACGAAGAGGGUAGCCUUCAACAGGCGGUUGGCGACUUCUUAGCAAGGAGUCGAAGAAAACGUCUACAGGCGCCUACGGAGACUGUCAGGCGAACGAUUAUACGACACUUGAUCCUUGUCAUAGACUUAUCGGCUUCUAUGACAGACAGGGACCUGAGACCAAAUAGAUUCGACCUCUCUUUGGAGUAUUCCAGGGAGUUUGUCACGGAAUGGUUUGACCAAAACCCGCUUGGUCAGAUUGGCAUUGUCGGCAUGCGAGAAGGCGUUGCAGAAAGAAUUUGCGGUCUCUCAGGUAACCCACCUGAUGUCCUGAAAACCAUCGCAGACAGGCGAAAUCUGGAACCUGCCGGCGAGCCAAGCCUUCAAAAUGCGAUAGAAAUGGCUCGUGGCAGUAUGAGCCACCUUCCCACUCACUCUUCUCGAGAAGUUCUUGUCAUCUUUGGGUCUUUGACGACGUGUGACCCAGGAAACAUCCACGAAACCCUGAAAAGUUGCGUGGAAGACAAAAUUCGUGUCUCGGUCGUUGCACUCGCAGCAGAAAUGAAGAUCUGCCGAGACUUUUGCACGGAAACAGGAGGGCUAUUUGGGGUUGCAAUGAACGAAGGGCACUAUCGUGACAUGCUCUUUGAGCACGUACCCCCGCCAGCUGUACGAAAGAUAGAAGCAGUCGCAAAGAUCUCCAACGGGAAUGGCGCGGGACCCGCACCCGCAGCCGCCACAGGGGAGCUCAUGAUGAUGGGAUUCCCGACGAGGCUCCCAGAGACAUCAGCACCAAGCCUCUGCGUCUGUCAUGGGAUAAUGAAGAGCGAGGGAUACAUAUGUCCAAGAUGUCUCUCGAAAGUUUGCGACAUUCCUACGGAUUGCAACGUCUGUGGUCUGGUCAUUGUAAGCGCACCCCAUCUUGCCAGAAGCUAUCACCAUCUCUUCCCUGUAAAGCCUUACCAGCCUGUAAAAAGACUACUGCCAAAUGAAGAUCCCUCCCUCGCUUGCAAUGGAUGCGGAACCACAUUCUCGCUCACAAGCUAUGCUCCUACAGCUGCGACAGACGCGGAUGCCGGAGAUGGACUUAGCAGAUUUGGGCGAUAUCGUUGUCCGGAAUGCAAAAAGGACUAUUGCUCAGAGUGUGAUCUAUUCGUCCAUAACGUACUUCAUGUUGUCUCUCUCCAUCUAAACCGGACCCCUUCCGAUGUCAAAGGGACAAAAUAUCGGCUUCUUGAACUUCCGACAGACUUUUGCAAACAAAUAGAGGAUCCAAACUCUGGCCUAAAACUCUGUAUAAAGGGAAGAGAAGGAGAUGAUGCAGUACUCUGUACAGAAACCAAGACAUAUGCUCUGCGCUCGGUCAACAUCUCGAAUGCACUGAUUCUGGCAAACGGGGCCUCGCGUGCUGAAGAAGCGACGGACGAUCUUUUUCUCGGAAGUGAUAUUCAUGAGAUUAUGGAGAUUGUUCCUACUAUACCUAGGAUCGCGCGAUUGCUCGGCAUGCUUCGUGGAUCCGAAUACGGCGAGGAUGAACCAGGAAGUGAUACGGAGAUGCAAGUCGACGAUGAACCAACACAAAGAUAUACCCGCCAGGAUUUGGCUCAAGUAAUUCAAGCAAGUGAUGAAGAACUCGCAAAAGCCAUCAAGCAAAACCAUAUUCUAGAGCUUGAUGGUUAUCUUCGGCCGCUACCUAUGCACCACUUGUCCAAAAUCUUAGUCUACAUCUUCACCUCGCUCAUCUCUCAUGGUAUAUCCCGAAAGGACAUAUCCGUAGAGCAGUUGACAGCCAUCCUCAAGGACGAACACGAGGUUCCCGUCUCGGUCUCUAGGCAAGUACUGGAAUGGUUUGGAGACAUCGAGGAUAGCAAGUGGAAGAUGAACGAGAAGGCGUCGGUGCAGCAGGUCGGACUUGGCCUCCUGCGACCGUAUUCGCAUCUCAAGGUAAAGGAGGUUGAGCUGCUAGCAAGUUGGCGAGAUGCCGUCGGAGAUGUAUUUGCCGACCAGGUAGAUUUGAAGCUGCUCCGAGGAAAUUUUUUGCUUUAUCCAGCCGAUGGAGCGAAUACGAGUCAGACCAUUAGCUACUUUCCCCGGUCCAAGCUAUCUACGGACCCAUUGACAAGAUUCAGCGAACUGUUUCUUACUCGAGUAAAGUGGAAAGAGGAGGAUAUCGUUGCAUUCUUAGAGGACAUUGCUGUCGACAAAAAGGAGUGCGACCGACUGUUGAUGAACAAUGUGCAUGUCGGCAUUAGCACAAACUCUGAGAUCACCAUCGACGCUAUACGCGACGCCCUUUCAAAGGAUACAUCAGGUAGCGAGAGCGUACUCCGCGUGUUAGAACGCCUGCCACAGCUCCUGGACGCACAGGAUGAUCCAAUCGCUGUCCAGAGAGCAUGGAAUUCUGUUUACCCAGAUCUUAGGGGGUUAUCAAGUGCAGAAGGAGGCCCCCUAGAUAGAAAUAUUCUCGAUAAACUGGUCAAUGAGGUCUCCUCGGUCACGGUAACAUUGGAAGAAUUUCAAGAGGUGGCGCGGCAGGUUUUGGAUAAGAUUAACGCGCAAAAUAGUGACAUCGCGUCAAUUCUCCUUCCUCAGGCCAGAGGGAAGCUGAAGGAAGAAGCAAAUGUUGCUUUUCUGCUUCGUGCGCUCGCCCUUCAGCCCAAACGAGUUCUGCCACCGGGCAAAAGCUUGCUCUCACUCUUUAGCAAGGGGAAGGAUGACGCUGAUGAAGAGAAGAGGAAGAGGGCUCAAGAAGUUGAGGCGGUUAUCAAACGCGCGUACUGGGAUGCAGCAUACGAACAACUGGCAUCCCCUUCUCCAGAUGUCCAGAUACCUCGGAUCAAGGUGUUCUAUCACGACCUCUGGGAGGCGUUGAAACCCCUCGUGCCCCAAACACACCCUCUAAUGGUGAUUCUCACAUCACCAUUGUCACCAUCAUCCAAUCCACUAGCUUCUGCAUUACAUUACCUUCAAGCGGCACUCACUUUGAUGAGAUCACUGUGUGCUCCUGCUAGGGACGAGGCAAUAGACGAGUCGCUAGCCUCUCUUGCAAAAGUCGACAAACUUCAUGCGCCGAGAGAUGAGCUCGCAAAGGCAUACACAUCCGGGAUCAGAUUUGCCUUGGAUAUGUGCGGGACCAUGGUCGAUGAUUUGCAGUCGUUCAUGGCCAAGUAUGGCAACGAGUCCAAUGUCGCCGCAAUGCUCCGAGCAUCUGCUCGUGAGCAUGAGCGGCAGGCAAUUAUAGGCGCUUUUGGAAAAGAGGAGAUUCAACGUGCCUGGAAGGAAUGGGCACAAAAGUCAUGGAGAGAUCAAAUGGUCGACGUGGUUGGCGAUCUCAAUCCCUUGAUGCAAGCCGCCGAUCUCCUUCCUUCAACGCUCAUCAUGUCACGCGUAGACUUGGCCGAGGCUCAAACGCUCCUCCUUGGUCUCGUCAUAUCCGCAUCUAUCCGUACACUUGUUCCUGCCCUCUCGCAAACACGACUUGUGACUCUAUAUAACAACAACUCCAAAGCCAUUGAACUGGAAAAUCAGUUCAUGGGUCGAGUUUGGACAUUGAUCGGCGCCGACCCAUUCGCCACCGAUCACGCGACACAGGAAUCAGACAUCGACAAUAUUGCCGCCGAGGUUUUCCGAAUUUGGAAGCUGAGGAAUCCAAAUGAACAGAACAUCUCGGCAAAAGAGAAGGAGUUUGGUGACAUGGUCAGACGAAUGAUCAACGAAGAGACCCACCCUGUUCGUGUGCUCCUAAAGAAGCGAGUCACCGACGCUCUGAAGGAGAGACUAGCGCAACCAAUUGUACCCAUCAAACAGGAAGCACCCACGACUGUCGCCGCCGGUCGGGCCCUUCAACCUACCGCUCGGCUUAAAAGCUCCAAGAUAUUCCCAUCUGACCAGAAAGAGACAGAUCUGGUCAUUUCUGGGUUUGGUGACCCGGUCCUGAAGAAUCACCUGCAUCAAAUCUUACAUAUUCUUCGGGUCGUAGAAUCAUGGGUUGAGUACGUUUGGAAAGAUAUAGAAUAA